UUAAAAAAGCGCUUACUCGAUGACAUCCGGUUGAAAAAAAAUGUUUUAAAAAUUUCCUUUAUUUAAAUUUUUAGUUGGAUUUUAGGAGAAAAAUGGAUUUCAUUCCAUUCAGUCAGAACAGCGCUAACAUGUCGAAAUCUAGCACACCCCAUUCGAAUUUGAAGAACUCCCACAACAACUCCAAAUCGUCGAAUUUGUCUUUCGGAAGCCCAGCAAGUUUGCCAGUGUUUGGUUCGCCUGCAGUCGCCUUCGGUAGCCCUGCUUUUCAGACAGGUGGGUCGCCGUAUCAGAGAACGCCCAGUCCUAGGCAUCACAAACCACAGUACACACCACGGGGGCAAGGAAACUAUGGUAGUGGGGGUGUAGGUAGCAAUAACAGAAACUAUGGACAGGGUCAGGGUUACCAGCAGAACUAUUCUCAAUCAAAUCAUAACAUGUCGCCAAACUACAGUCCGAGACACAGUGGUCCACAGAAAUUUUCCCCUUAUAGUCCAAAAGAUUUCCAACGCCAGAUGUCUGAACCUUCAUUCAAAACACCUCAGCAAUAUUCUCCUAACUAUGGACGUGGUUAUGGAAGGAAAUCCUUUAAUAAAACAUUUGGACAGAAAAUUCCCAGCAAUCCUGCAUGAAUGAAUGAACUUCAUACAGUGCUAAACCAUGCUGUGCAUGGUCUAACGGGCUAGAUCAUCUUUGUCAUGUUCCAUAUGUGACUGACAUGGGGUUAAUUUAGUAGGGAUUGUGAUAUGUUAGUUCUUGUUCAUUUUAAACUGAAACAUUAUGAUGAGGAGCUUUGUUGAAGGUAUUUUACCACGUGGGCAUGUAGUUUUAUUUUGUGAAAUAUAAAAUGACUAAAAAUAUUAAUUGUAUUAAGGUUUGUCAAUUGAGGUACUAUUUGUCUGGUGUUUUGGGGGGUUUAAACAUAUUUAUUAAAGAAUGUGUUUUAAUUUACCAGCAUCUAAAGUUAAGGAAAAAAGUAACAAUACAAAUAUACAAUCAUUCUCUAAACAGUAUUGUAUAGGAUACUGAUACAAUUGUUAUGCUUAUUAGCUCGACUAUUAUAUAUGAAAUAUAUAUAGUGGAGCUAUCCUACUCAUCCCGGCGUGAGCGUCUGCGCUAGCGUGCAAAUGUUAAAGUUUUCGUACUACCCUUAAUAUUUUCUCUGUCCCUUGAAAUAUUGCUUUCAUAUUUUGCAUACUUGUUUACCAACAUGACCCCAACCUAUAAACAAGAGCAGACAACUCUAUCAAGCAUUUUGUCAUAAUUAUUGCCCCUUUUAUACUUAGAAUAUACAUAUUAUUGAUAAAUCUAUGUUAAAGUUUGCGUACUACCCCAAAUAUUUCCUAUAUUCUUUGACAUAUUGCUUUUAUAUGUUGCAUACUUGUUUACCAACAUGACCCAAACCUAUAAACAAAAGCAGACCACAGUAUCAAGCAUUUUUACAUAAUUAUGGCCCCUUUCACACUUAGAUAAUUGAACAUUUUGCUUAAAUUGCCAUAACUUCUUUAUUUAUGAUCACAUUUGAUUACUUUGACAUAACAGCACUUACCAGAAUACCACAAUGGAUUCCACCCAAACUAUACCCCAUGCCCCUACCCAGAAUCCCUUCCCCCCACAAUUUUAUUUUUUUUUAAACAUCUAAUAAAUUACCACAUCCCACAUUAUACCCCCCUCUCACCCCCUUCAAAACGGGAUGUAUUAUACUUUCACCCUUGGUGGGUGGCGGGCGGGCGGCGUCCACAGCAGUGUCCUCUCUAAUUCAAAUAGUUUUCAUCUGAUCUUAACCAAACUUGGUCAGAAGUUGUAUCUAGAAAUAUCUAGGUUAAGUUCGAAUAUGGGUCAUGCCAUGUAAAAAACUAGGUCAUGUGGUCACUUUCAAGGAUUAAGCAUGGUGUCUGCUCUCUAAUUUUAUUAGUUUUCAUCCAAUCUUCACCAAGUUUUGUCAGAAGUUGUAUCUAGACAAUAAUUAUAUCUAGACUAGGUCAAGUUUGAAUAUGGGUCAUGCCGGGUCAAAAACUAGGUCACAGGGUCACUUAGUGCAUUUAAAGGAUUAAGCAUGUUGUCCACUCUCUAAUUGAAGUAGUUUUCACCAAAUUUGGUCAGAAGUUGUGUCUUAAUGAUCUCUAGGUCGAGUUUUAUAUGGGUCAUGCCGGGUUAAAAACUUGGUCACAAGGUCACUUAGUGCAUUUAAGCAUUUAGCAUGGUGUCCGCUCUCUAAUUAAAGUAGUUUUCAUCCGAUCUUACCAAACUUGGUCAGAAGUUGUAUCUAGACAAUAUAUAGGUCAAGUUCUAAUAUGGGUCAUGCUAGGUAAAAAACUAGGUCACGGGGUCACUUAGUGCAUUUCAAGGAUUAAGCAUGGUGUCCGCUCUCUAAAUGAUAAGGGUGUCACGGUACUCCGUUGGAGGGUAUAUCGUAAUUGUCUCCCUGGGUACGGUUCACGAUACGCCUCCGAGUCCAUACGGUACGGUAUUUUCCAUGACGCAUUUCAAGGGAAGUAACUAAUUCGCCCAAAAAAAUGGCGGAAGUUGAAUAUAAAUCUCCUCUAGUGAGCUUCCAAUAAAAAAAUAUGGAAGCAUUUUAUGUUAUCAAUUAGAAAGUUGUAGGCGUUUAUUUCGUAUAAACAUUUGUUUUAUAUCACGACUUUAGUUGCUACUAAUUUCCUCAGCAUGAGCUGUAAUUUUGUGAUUCCUCCGAGAAUUUCGCAAAUUCUUAUAAACCAUUAAAAUUAAAUUUCGAUCACUCAAAAAUGUGCUGUAUCGCCUACGUCACGAAAAAAGGUGCAAUAUUUUACUAGUUCUAAGAAUUGCGCUUUGAGUUUUUUUACGGCACAAGCAAAUAUUGCCAGUACGACUAGUUGGUAAACACGGUUUAUUUUUAAGUUAAAUAAUCUAUCGAAGUAAAAGAAUCAUAAAGCAGUCCGUAUUUUGUAAACAUAUGCAUAGUUUCAUGUUUAAUCAAAGUAUUAGAUUUGUAAACAAUAACAACUAAUUGUCAAUUCGUGUACUUUCAUGACAUUAUAUGGUAUUUUGUAUAUUGUAUGACAUAUAUGUAGAGGUCUUUAAAUAAAAUUGAAAAAUGG